CUAGUGAUGCUGGUCUUUUCAUGAACGACGCCUUAAACUUGGCAACUUAUCCACCAAUGUCGGAUCAAACCUACUCCAUCGUCACCACCACCGACCGCCCAUCACCACCGCCUACCACCACCCCCCACCCACCACCACCACCUACCCCCCUCAUCCCCCACCUCCCAGACGACAUCUCAAUCCAAUGCAUCGCCAGAGUCCCCCGCACCCACCACCCCACCCUCUCCCUAGUCUCCAAACUCUGGCACUCCACCAUACGCUCCCAACACUUCUUCACCACCCGAUCCCUCCUCCACAUAACCCAACCCUCUCUUUACCUCAACAUCCGCCACAACUCCACUUUCCAGUAUUACUUCCACGCUAACCCUAACAACCCCAACCACAAAUUAUCCCCAUUCCCCCACCCCCCUGUCCCUAUCCACCCGGUCGGCCCAGCCUACGCAGUCCUCGGGUCCAAAAUAUACUUAAUCGGUGGUUCGGUUAACGAUAUUCCGUUAAAUACAGUUUGGGUACUUGAUUGUAAAAUUAACAAGUGGGAGGUGGGGCCUAGGAUGAGGGUAGGGAGGGAGUUUGCGGCUGCGGCGACGGUUGGUGGAAAAAUAUAUGUGAUGGGAGGGUGUGUGGUGGAUAAUAGGUUAAAGGCGGUUAAUUGGGCGGAGGUGUAUGAUCCGGAGGUGGGGGAGUGGGGUCCGGUGGGGAGUUUGGAGGUGGAGGGGAAGGAUAAGUGGAUGCACGCGUGUGCGGUGAUAGAUGGGAGGAUAUAUGCGAUGGCGGAUAGGGGUGGGGUGGUUUAUGAUGUGGUGGGGAGGGAGUGGGGUCGGGUGCCGAAGCGGUUGGAUUUGGGGUGGAGGGGGCGGGCGGUGGUGAUUGAUGGGGUGUUGUAUUGUUAUGAUUAUUUGGGGAAGAUUAGAGGGUAUGAUGUGGAGAGGGAUGUGUGGAAGGAGUUGAGAGGGGUGGAGAAAGGGUUGCCCAAGUUUUUGUGUGGGGCGACGAUGGUGGAUUUGGAUGGGCGGUUGUGUGUCGUGUGGGAGUGUAAGGAGGGCGGCGGUGGCGGUGGUGGUGUUGGUGGGAAAGUUAUGGAUGUUAUGUGUGCGGAGAUUGAUGUUCGUAAGGAUGAAGAUGGAGGAUUAAGUGGCUCGGUGUUGUGGGUUGAUGUGAUUUUGUCGGUUCCUGUUGGUUCGUCGAUUCUGCAUUGUAUGGCUGUUGCUUUGUGACUUGUGGUAUGUUACGAGGGAUCUUGAACAAUUCUCCUCAAGCAUACAAAUCUACUGGGAAUCGCCGAAUCGGUAUCGUUCAUAACUUGUUUGUAUCAUUUUGGCUUUGACUGGAAAUAAUAAAAAGCUUUAUGUGGGCAUGCUGCUGCAAAAGCUCUUGUGUUGUAGUAUUUGGUUUGUAAUUUGUAUAUAUUGUCAACUACUUUAAAGGUUAAUGAACACUCAUUUGUUCUGUUGUCUUUAUCCAUUUUCUUGCAGUUUUUAAGUUGGCAAGUUCUAUC